CCGUGGAGUGCCUGGAUGCCAGAGAACAUUGCUGCCUUUGAGGGCACCUGUGUGGUCAUCCCCUGCCGCUUCAACUACCCCGAAGAGCUGCGUCCAUCGGUCGUGCACGGCAUCUGGUACUUCAACAGUCCCUACCCCAAAAACUACCCUCCUGUGGUCUACAAAUCUCGCACCAACAUUGUCCACGAGAGCUACCUCGGGCGCACCCGGCUGCUGGGAGAACUGAACGCUCGCAACUGCACUCUCCAAAUCACCCGCCUCAGCCCGGAACUGACGGGAAAAUAUUAUUUCCGUGGAGACUUGGGUGGUUACAAUCAGUACACCUACUCGGAGCACUGCAACCUCGAGAUUAUCAACAAACCCACCAUUGUGACUCCACCUGAAGUGCUGGAAGGAUCAGAGGUGGAGCUGCGCUGUGUGGUGCCCGACAACUGUCCCGAGAUGAAACCCAUCAUCUCGUGGACAAACCAUGAGGAUUUGGCUGAGUACUCUGUCUACGGGCAGGUGGAGGAAGAGGGCAGCACCUGGGCUCUUAUUUCCACACUCAAGUUCCUACCUUCACGGGAGAACAACCAUCGCGAGGUGGGCUGCAAAGUCACCUACGCCAACACCACCUUCGAGUUUGAUAGCGUCUCCACCCUGGAUGUCAAGUACAUACCCCGUAUUGUACAAGCGAAUUCUUCUGCAGAGGUAAUACAAGGCUCGCCAGUGGUAUUGGUAUGUGCUGUGGACAGCAACCCCCUAUCUCUGAUCUCAUGGCUCAGGGAAGAUGAUGUCCUGUAUGAAGAACUGGCUGGGAGCCUCACGCUACAUCUAGAAAAUGUAACCUACCUACAAGACGGCAUCUACACCUGUGUGGCUGAGAAUAUCUAUGGGAAAGAGAACCAUUCUAUGGCCUUGACCGUGAUGUAUCCCCCUUGGAAGCCUGUAGUGAAUGUGUCGAUGGUGGUGGUCGAGGGAGACCCUGUGACCGUCCUGUGCAGUACGCAGAGCAACCCUGAGCCCAUCAUCACCAUCUUUAAGGAGAUGAAGGUCAUGAAGACGGUGGUCUACAGUAACCAACUGGCCCUGGAGUUUUCAUCUGUGACACACGAGGAUGAUGGCGAAUACUGGUGCAUCGCCGAGAACCAGUUUGGCCAGCGUGGCACCGCUUUCAACCUUACUGUUGAAUUUGCCCCCCUCGUCCUCCCAGAAUCCAAGUGCACAGCUGCACGGGACACGGUGCAGUGCAUCUGUGCGGCUAAAUCGAACCCAGAGGCUGUGAUCACCUUCAAGCUGCCUACCCGCAACGUGACAGUGAACGAGACCGACCGGGAGUUUGUGUACUCACAGAAAACGGGCUACACCAUCACGAGCAUCUUGACCCUGCGGGGGGAAGUGGACUCUCAGCUGUACAUUGUCUGCUCCGCAAGGAACCUCUAUGGCACCAAGGACCAGCAGCUCCAGUUCCACCACUCCAACAGUCUGAUGUGGGCAAAAGUCGGACCAGUGGGAGCAGUUGUAGCCUUUGCGAUCCUCAUAGCUGUGGUGUGUUACGUCAGCCAGACCAGGAAAAAGAAAAACAUGAACGAAAGCUUCAUGCAGACAGAAAACCCUCCUGUCAUCUACAGCGGAGACUACAGGACUCCAGGCAACCUGGAGAAAUCAGAGUACGGCCGCCACCCGGGCAGCGACAAACGGCUCUUGAACAAGCAAGGGGACCUGGCCAUUGACUACGCCAAUAUAGACUUCACCAAACUGUCCACCAAGGAUAGCUACACCCUGACGGAGGAGCUGGCUGAAUAUGCUGAGAUCCGAGUCAAGUGA